AUGGAUGGGAAUUCAAGUCCUCUAUCCUCGCCUCCCGGCUCUUUGCGCGACUCUACCCCGUCGUCGCCUCUCUCGACACUCUCCAGCACACCCUCCUUACCAGAUACCGCCGCCUCUGCGCUCGACCCUUCACGGCGUUAUCCUUCGCCCAUGUCUACGAUCGCCUCAGGAGCCCAGUCUCCCAGACUAUCUGCUACCAUUAGCCUUGGCCAGCCCGUGUAUGACAACGAGUCCUCCAAGAGUGCGGAUGACGAUCAACCUCCAGCAAAGCGACGCAAGGUCUAUCAACCUAAAGAACGCACAACCGAAUACCUGAACUACUUGAAUAAGGAGGACAAGGAUAUGACGGAAGCCGAGAGGGCUCAGGAAAAGAGGCUGGUUGCGGCGUUGAGGAAAAAGAAGAAGAUUGUCGUCAUUGCCGGCGCGGGCAUUUCCGUCUCGGCAGGCAUUCCCGAUUUUCGCUCGUCUUCUGGCCUUUUUGCGCGUGCCAAGAACCAACACAAGCUUAAAGGCUCAGGCAAGCACCUGUUUGACGCGUCUGUCUACAGGCAUGAUUCCUCAACGCAGCAUUUCCACGCCAUGGUGCGGGAGAUGGACGAGUUGUCCAAGAAGGCGACUCCCACGCAUUUCCACCGCCUGCUCGCGUCAUUGGCCCAGGAGGGACGACUGAUGCGGCUAUACUCCCAGAAUAUCGACGGACUCGACGCAAAUAUGAAGCCGCUGGCGACCGAGAUACCGUUGCCUCUCAAGGCUCCCUGGCCGGCUACCAUCCAGCUGCACGGUGGGCUGCAGAAGAUGGUCUGCAGCAAAUGUGGCCACCUGGCACCGUUCAACAGUGAGCUGUUCGACGGCCCCGAGGCUCCAUUGUGCGAGGCGUGCACGGUUGACGACCAAGUCAGAACAAGGCAUGCAGGCAAGCGAAGCCACGGAAUUGGACGUCUCAGACCCCGUUUCGUGCUCUACAACGAAUACAACCCCGACGAAGAAGCCAUUGGCAACGUUUCCAGUGCCGACCUCAAGGCUCGACCAGACUGUGUCAUUGUUGUUGGCACUACCCUCAAGGUUCCGGGCACGAGGAGACUGGUCAAGGAAAUGUGCCAGGUGGCCAGGGGGCGGAGAGAUGGCCUCACAAUCUGGAUCAAUACCGACGCAGAACCCAAGGAUGCGCUGUUCAAGGACUGCUGGGAUCUCGUUGUCCGAUCUCCGUGCGACAAAGUGGCCCAGCUCGCAGCGCUGCCCGAAUGGGACUGCGACAUUGGCAAUGACUUCCUGGUGUCCGCGGAACAGGAUAGCCAGAACCAGGAGCGGCUCAAGAACACCAAGCUGGAGGUCGCGCUCCCGUCCAGCUCUCCUGAUCUCCACCAUGAUCUCGGCCAGGAGGCCAUACCCACGCCACGACCCAGCCCCAAGCUGGCGGCUAAGAAGCAAAUCAAGCUCGCUCUCGGAAGGGAGCCUCCGCAAAAUGACAAGCCCACCAGGGCGGCCACGAAGCCCCGCGCCAGGAAGCCGAAGCAGCCCGCCAAACCCAAGGCACCUCCUAAAAACGUGGUUACUGAGUUGUUCAAGACGGGCAAAAGCUUCUCUCAGGGAAACAAGGACAAAAAGUCUCCCCGCACACCGCUACCAUCAGCACCGAAUCGAAAGGCUAUCAAGGUUGAGCCUCAGACCUGUUCUUCAGCCACAUCCCUGAGCAAUCCGAAUGCUUUAUCAUCCUUCAGUUCCGCUGCGCCCACGCACAAGAGGCCGAGGGAGACGAUAUCUCCCACAUCUGUACCCAAAGGCAUGCGCGAUCUACUCCAUUGA